AUAAAGAUUGUUUCUAUCUUCGGAAGUAUAUUCUCUGACACAGUCGCCGUCGCUUCUUUUAUUUAAAAUGUCGUGCUUCAAAUCCAAAUUCUCCGAUGAGCUCAUCGCCAAUGCCGCUUACAUCGGUACCCCGGGAAAAGGUAUUCUCGCUGCUGAUGAGUCCACUGGAACAAUCGGGAAGCGUUUCGUAAGCAUUAACGUCGAGAACGUUGAAUCAAACAGACGUGCUCUUCGCGAGCUCUUGUUCACCACUCCUGGAGCUCUCCAAUACAUCAGUGGUAUCAUCCUCUUCGAGGAAACACUGUACCAAAAAACUGCUUCAGGGAAACCAUUUGUUGAUGUGAUGAAGGAAGCUGGAGUGCUUCCAGGUAUCAAGGUCGAUAAAGGAACCGUUGAGCUCGCUGGUACAAAUGGUGAAACCACAACCACUGGCCUCGACGGGCUUGGUGACCGUUGCAAGAAAUACUAUGAAGCUGGUGCACGUUUCGCCAAGUGGCGUGCUGUUCUCAAAAUCGGAAACGAGGAGCCUUCUGAGUUAGCUAUCCAUGAGAAUGCUUACGGUUUAGCGAGAUACGCAGUCAUAUGCCAAGAGAAUGGUCUUGUACCUAUUGUUGAACCAGAGAUUCUUGUUGAUGGAUCUCAUGAUAUUGAGAAAUGUGCUUAUGUCACGGAACGAGUCCUUGCGGCUUGUUACAAGGCUCUUAGUGAUCACCAUGUUAUCUUGGAAGGAACACUCCUGAAACCAAACAUGGUUACUCCAGGUUCUGACAGUGGCUCCAAGGUCAAACCUGAAGUGAUUGCAGAGCACACCGUUCGUGCUUUACAACGGACGGUUCCUGCAGCGGUUCCAGCUGUUGUGUUCUUGUCUGGAGGACAGAGUGAGGAAGAAGCAACUGUGAAUCUAAACGCCAUUAAUCAGCUCAAAGGUAAGAAACCAUGGAGCUUGACGUUUUCAUAUGGACGAGCGCUUCAACAGAGUACGCUCAAGGCUUGGGGAGGUAAAGAAGAGAAUGUGGAAAAGGCUCAAAAGGCGUUCUUGGCUAGAGCUAAGGCCAACUCUGAAGCAACCCUUGGUGGCUACAAGGGUGAUGCACAGCUAGGUGAUGGUGCUUCCGAGAGCCUUCACGUCAAAGACUACAAAUACUAAAAGGUCCAUUACAGAAUUUUUUGAAAUUUUGGUUUUAUUGUUCUGGCUAUAACGUGACGGUGUAAAUUAUUUAUUUUUUGCUAUUAGAUAUUGUUGUCUUAUAAAAAUAUGGGCAUAUAUAUGAUACUACUAGUAGCCUGGAAUGUGUAAAUUAUAUUUAUGAUAUAACCCUUUAUGUGGGGAAAUUUCGUUGUAAUUAUUAAAAAAAUGAUGUACAGUAUAUAUAAGUUAACAUCUAAUAAAAAUAUGU